AUGAGUUCAGAUAUGAAAGUAUUGAUUAUUGGAGCCGGCACUACCGGUCUGUUGAUAGCGCAAGGACUCAAGAAAGCAGGCAUAUCUUUCGAGAUAUUCGAGCGAUUAGCCUCAGCAAACCCAACCGAGCGUGCUCGCGACUGGUCGAUGGCCUUACAUUGGGGCUCGAAACAUCUUAGUACAUGCCUUCCAGACGAAAUCUUUGCGAAAAUAAAGUCCGCUCAAUGCGAUCCUUAUUACGAAAAAGAAACUAUGCCACCUCUGCCAUUCAAGAAUGCGCAAACCGGAGAAAUAUUGUUAACUCUUCCGGCCGAUAAUCUACGACGUGUAGGCAGACAGAAACUGAGGAAAUUGUUCGCCGAGGGUCUACAGAUACAAUACAACAAAAGACUCACCUCCUUCACAGCUUCAGAUACAGAUGUCACAGUCACAUUCGAAGAUGGGACCUCGGCUACAGGAACCCACCUUGUAGGCGCUGAUGGGGCGAGAUCUUUACUUCGUACUACUCUACUUGGGGAUAAAGGAAACCUCACACCUAUGCCAUAUACUCUUUACAAUAUGAAAACAACAUACACGGCAGAGCAGGCUCUUUAUUUGAAAAAUAAUCCUGCUUUUCAUCCUAUCAUGAAUUUUGGUACCAAUCACGAGCUUAAGUCUUUGGUCAUGUUGGUGGCUUUAGAUGUUGUGGACAAGGAGAAACCUGAGACUUGGGUAUUCCAACUAUUGUGCAGUUUUCUCCAAGAGGAUCCGGUGCGCCAAGCACAGGCGACUGCUUUGAGUAGCCAGGAGAGACUUGAGAUUCUACAGAGUAAUGUGGAACUAUGGACUGAUCCAUGGAAAAGCGCUAUCAAAUGGUUGACAGAGGGAACUGAAGUCCCUGCGGACAUAUGUACGUUAUGGAAGGACCCCGUGCAAUGGGACAACCAUCAUGGUCGUGUAACCAUCGCAGGUGAUUCUGCUCAUCCCAUGCCACCUCACCGUGGUCAAGGCCUCAAUAAUGCCAUCCAAGACGCAGCAAAUUAUGUCAAAGCUAUCAGAAACAUCAAUGAAGGAAAGAUUUCUUCUGAGGAAGCCAUAUCUGCUUACGAUCUCGAGGUACUUGAGCGAGGAAAGUUGGAAAUAAGUAUAUCCGCUGCUUCGGCUGUAGCUACGCACGACAUCGACUGUUUUAAUCAGGGUCCUUUGGUUAAAAUAGGCAUAAAACAACCGAAUGCAGGAGAUGAGACUGUCGUUACUGCUUAG